UUCUCCCGGGCCUCGCAGAGCGCCCACAGCUGAUGACUCUGUGGUCAGAGUGCAGCGGCUCUGCGGGACUUUUCCACACCACACUGGACAGAGUGUUCAAACACAUGAACCAGCGCUACACAGCAGUGCUGCAGGAGAGACACCCACACAGUGCUCACACAGUUAUUGGAGUCGUUGUGGGUGAGAUGGUGGACAGGAGCGAUCUAGUGGCGGCACAUAAUCCUCCUGCGGCUGAGCUCUCCCAGGAUGUCCUGACGGUGUUCCAGUUCCACAGCUACAUCUUACAACAUGAGGUGCAGGACAUGGAGACACACCUGCUGCAUUUGGCCAGAGAGG